UCUAGUGUUUGUACAGCAUUAGUCAUGGGUGAAAGAAGUGGGUUUGGAGUCCCCAAAAACCCUGCACGGCCAGCUGGGUCACUGCCGCCCGAGCCCAUAGACAUCAUACGGAUCAAAGCCAGAUCCAGAAGAGUCCGUAUCAACGUAGGGGGCCUGACGCACGAGGUCCUGUGGCGGACCUUGGACAGGCUCCCGCGCACCCGUCUGGGCAAACUCAGAGACUGCAACACCCAUGAGACCUUACUGGAGAUCUGCGAUGACUACUGCCUCAACGAGAACGAGUACUUCUUCGACAGGCACCCUGGUGCCUUCUCUUCCAUCUUGAACUUUUACAGGACAGGGAAGCUGCACAUGAUGGAGGAGAUGUGUGCCCUGUCCUUCGGCCAGGAGCUCGACUACUGGGGCAUCGACGAGAUCUACCUGGAGUCGUGCUGCCAGGCCCGCUACCACCAGAAGAAGGAGCAGAUGAACGAGGAGCUGCGGAGAGAGGCCGAGAGCCUGCGGCAGAAGGAGGGCGAGGAGGUGGACAACGGCUGCUGCCCAGACAAGAGACAGAAGCUAUGGGACUUGCUGGAGAAACCCAGCUCUUCUUUGGCUGCUAAGUUCGUGGCCUUUCUAUCCAUCCUCUUCAUCAUCCUGUCAACGAUUGCACUCUCCCUGAAUACCCUGCCAGAGUUACAAGUGAUUGACGAGUUUGGACAGUCCAAUGACAACCCCUACCUUGCCCAGGUGGAGGCAGUGUGCAUCGCCUGGUUCACCAUGGAGUACCUGCUGCGCUUCCUCUCCUCCCCGAACAAAUGGAAGUUCUUCAAGGGCCCUCUGAACGUCAUCGACCUGUUAGCCAUCCUGCCGUACUUUGUCACCAUCUUCCUGACCGAGUCCAACAAGAGUGUCCUGCAGUUCCAGAACGUCCGGAGGGUGGUCCAGAUCUUCCGCAUCAUGCGGAUCCUGAGGAUCCUCAAACUGGCCAGACACUCCACUGGGCUCCAGUCCCUGGGCUUCACGCUGAGACGCAGCUACAACGAGCUGGGACUGCUUAUCUUGUUCUUAGCCAUGGGCAUCAUGAUCUUCUCCAGUCUGGUGUUCUUUGCCGAGAAAGACGAGGAUGCCACCAAAUUCACAAGCAUCCCAGCCUCCUUCUGGUGGGCUACCAUUACCAUGACCACGGUCGGCUAUGGCGACAUCUAUCCGCAAACCCUGCUGGGUAAAAUAGUGGGUGGACUGUGCUGCAUCGCUGGGGUGUUGGUGAUCGCUCUGCCCAUCCCCAUCAUCGUCAACAACUUCUCAGAGUUCUACAAGGAGCAGAAGAGGCAGGAGAAGGCCAUCAAGCGCAGGGAGGCCCUGGAGAGGGCCAAGAGGAAUGGCAGCAUCGUGUCCAUGAACCUGAAGGACACGUUUGCGCGCAGCAUGGAACUCAUAGACGUCAUCGUGGACCAAAAGGAGGAGAAGCCCGUUGACAACCACCUCUCUCCGAGCCGCUGGGGUUACCAGAAGCGCCCGACCUCGGACAGCUCCGACACCAAGUACGUGGAGGUCGCCCAGCUGGGGUCUCCGCACCGGAGCCCGCAGCGGCUGAAUGCCCGCAAGCUGGAGCAGAUGUACAACCAGAUGACGGGUCCGGGCACUGGCGCUGGCCCCGGCCCUCACCUCCGUGAGCCAUCGGUGGGGCUGGCUGGCAAAGAGGAGUCCAUGGAGAUGAAGGUGGUCCAGGGGCAGCCCACGAUGGAGAGGCCCAUCACUGACAUCAAGAGCAUCUCCAGCAUAGACAGCUUCACCAGCUGCACCACCGACAUGAGUGAGGCGGAGAAGAGCGCGCUGCAGGCCCAGCUGAGGCACCCGCGUGCCCCGCCGCCCCUUGACCUGACCAAGAUCUCCGCUAUUGAGAAGCGGGCGGCUGAGAAGGCCCGGCAGCAGCAGCAGCAGCCACCCAUCAUCAAGGAGGGCCUCUACGAGUUUGUGCCGUGCAACCCAGAAGACAUGGCCGCUCCCACCCCCAGCCCACGGGACGACACCGAGAGCGUGCGCAGCUCCAUGCGAGCUGCCAGCCAGGUGAAGACCAAAGGGCUCAAGGUGAACUUCACCGAGUCGCCCGAGGAGGGUUCCUCUAACCUGCACCUGGUAGUGACCGAGGAGGACGUCCCGCUGUCGCCGCCGCUCCUAAGCAGCAGCUCCCCGCGGCACAGCCCACACUCCCCGGGACGAAGCUUCGGGGGCGACGGGGCCGAGAGCUCGCCAGGCUUAGGCCCAUCCACCGAGGGCUACAAAGGGAAGAACCACGUUGACAAGACAGCGUCUCCGGCCUCCCCGAAGCCCACCUCACCGAACUGUGCUCCCGGUGUGGGUGGGGGGGCUGGAGGGAUGGAGAGCCUGGCUGACACCAAUCAGAGUGGACAGAAGGCAGAGAACCAUCUUCUUGCUGGGGAGGGUCCAUUGACACCCCCUUGUGAAACGAGUAUGUAAGGCAUGAUGAGGGAUAUAUUUUUUUUCAAUUCAGAUGCUCAGAGACUGUUUGGAACAUGCAGGUACACACUGGUGUGCUAAACUACGCCGUAGUGAAUAACAUUUUUAUUUUUCUCUCUGCAUGGAUGGACAGCGUUUGACUGUACUGCUAAAAUGAAGGACUGAUAGGACUAUGUCCAUUGCAGACAAGAGACAACAUGCAUGUCCGCACAAACAGGAGAGUGUGUCUGUCAAAUGGGACAGAUACAAACCAAAUGUACAUAGUUGACAGACAUUUCAGUUAGUGUUGAAAAAGGCCUCUCAAAUGUGACAUUAAUCCAAAAUUAACAAGUUAAAAACGAAAAGAAAAAAAACCCCAUCCCAUACACUACAAUUUUGAUCAUGAUUAGACUAAGUGCACACAAAACACUGCACAGUGGCAAACAACCUUUUUGUCUCAGAAUGCUGAAAACAGAUAUUCACUCCUUUACUAGUAAAUAUCAGGAAACUAAUGUGGGCAUUUCCAUUGUUAGCACAUUGCUCAGUGAGAUGCCCUCACAUUACUGCCUUGUAUACAUAUUUAUUUGAUUCUCUGUUAGUCGGAAAAGCCAUGUUGGCAAUUCCUUGAAAGGCACAUUUACAGUCAGACCAGAAACUUUCCUUCAAGUUAGUCCUGAGAUGAUUUUAUUUCUUUUUGUAAUGUUAAACACGAUUGACGUUAUAACGAGUGAAAACAUAAAGACAAAAGUCCUGUAGUUGAACAGUUCAUUUCCUCGUGCUUAAGGGCGUGUCACCAUCAGUAUUUUCUGACCAAGUUAUGUAAAUCAAAAGCAAAGACUGGAUAUACAGUGCAACUAUGAGCUCCCAGAUAUACAGAUUUUAUCAGCUGUUUAAUGAAAUGUAGUCUCACAUUUGUUCGCACAUUUUUUAUUUCUGUUGUCUAAAACCAGCUGCAACCUUCCUCCAGACCUUUGCUACAUUUUAUGUUGCCUUUUUCCAUUUGAGAUGGGGAUGUUGCCCUGUUAAUCUUGUGUGUGUAUAUAUAUACACUCACACGGGAAGAGAUGACCUGUGUGCAGGACAGAUACUUCACUGCAAUGACUGUGGCCACACUGGGGAAGCGGCAAGAUCAUACUGCCCUCUGCUGGCCACAGAUGGAGGCACUUUAAUCUGAGACUCCUUGGAGUCGCUGGCUGAAUUCUGUUUAGAGUGUUAAGGACGGGCUUUGCUUUUUAAUAUGACACGACUAACUGCAGAACAUCAAGCCAGACCUAGAACAGGUUCAGACUUGAGUAUGUGUUCUAACAGAACCGAGUGCUCUACAGUUAUACUGUAAAUACAAAUAUGAUAUAAAUGUGUAAAGUACUGUAUGAAUACAGGUACAAUAUGUAUUCUUUGGGUUCCAACAAUUGAAAGUGGCUCUAUUUUUUGUAUAAAAAUGUAAAAAGGCAGUUAGGCAGGACCAAUUUCUGCUUUAUGGUUGAAAUUAUGUGCCUUUUCAUAAAUAGUCAUUUAUGAGAAGGUGAAGUCAAUCGGCUUUGUUUGUAGAAGUCCUGAAAUCUACUUUUUAUAGGGAAACAUAAUAUAUGCAAGCAAUUCCUCAGGUUUUGUAAAACUUGAAAUGACUAUAUCACGGCUUGACUCAUUUUACAGCUAUUUUAACUGUGAUCUAUCGUUUAACUGUAUAACUUCACAAUUAUUGUUAAAAUGUCAGGGAGUAACAUUUUAGCUUAGAACUAUUCCUUAACAGCUAUAUAUAUACACACACAAAAAAACCUUGUAAAAUAAUACCAUGUUCGUUUAUCGGUUCUCAAAGGCUCAAGGUUGCCUUUCUCUUUACAAAUUAGUGUACCGUACACCCAGUACUCAAGGUGAUCAUUUAUCCUCUUUGGUGUCUGUUUUCGCCAGUGAAUAAUAGAUUUGUACUAGUAUGUGUCAGUAGAUACAUUUGUCAUGACUUUGUAUGUUUUAGUUGCAUUG